AUGCAUAUCUACAAACGACAUGCCAGAAAGCUGGCCUGGUAUGACCAGGAAGGCGAACCUUCCUCUCAUAACCCCUUCAAGAAAUUCCGCCGACAGCCGCGACGCACUAAUUCCAUUCAGCUGGAGAAUCGACUGACUCCGAUCAUGUCAGAGGGUGAAGUGCGCUUGUCGGAGGAGCGCCGGCGACGGAGGGACAUGACCGACGGACUAGUCGGGCCAGAGCAUGCAGACAGCUUCCCUCCCCAGUCCGCAGGCACCGAUCUGGUGGCGCGAACGGACAGCGGCGACAAAGCCGGCACCGAUCCAUCUAUGCAUAGUCAAGUUCCCAUCAAUGUUCCGCGCCAGGAUGAGCCGGAAGACAUGCAGGGCCCGCGCAAGAGGAGGACCUUCAUGAGCAAUAUGUCCAGACUGGAUGACCGGUUGACGAGUGACUUGGGCAAGCCGAUUCCAGAGAAGCGAAAGUUCACGGUGAUGGGGCAGUUGAAGGCCACCAUUUUCAAUUCUUGGAUCAACGUUCUGCUCUUCGCCGCACCUGUCGGAAUUGCUCUGAAUUACGUCAACGUUAGCCCGGUGGCUGUCUUUGUGGUCAAUUUUAUUGCCAUCAUUCCUCUGGCUGCCAUGCUGAGUUAUGCGACGGAAGAGAUUGCCAUGCGGACGGGCGAGACGAUCGGUGGUCUGCUCAAUGCCACAUUCGGUAACGCUGUCGAACUUAUCGUUGCGAUUAUCGCGUUGGUCGACAACGAAGUGACCAUCGUCCAGACGUCCUUGAUCGGAAGUAUGCUCUCGAAUUUGCUCCUGGUCAUGGGCAUGUGCUUUUUCUUCGGAGGUAUCGACCGUCUGGAGCAACAUUUCAACCCCGUCGUCGCUCAGACCGCGGCCAGUCUGUUGGCAUUGGCAGUGGGAAGUCUGAUUAUUCCUACGGCAUUCCACGCUUGGUCUGAUGCUGGCGAUGCGGGAGUUGCUCCUUUGUCACGAGGCACCAGUGUCAUUCUGCUGGUUGUGUACGGAUGCUACCUGUUUUUCCAGCUCAAGUCGCACACUGAGAUUUACAACGCGCCCAGCCCCAAGGUGGAAAAGAGACGACAGAAGAUCAACGAGGGCGACGCCAGCCGUGGCAUCGCGCAGAUCGGCAAGAUGUCGGCCUCCAUGGCGGGCGAACACGCGCAAAAGGUCGAGUUGCAAGAGCCAGAGGAUGAUGCCGAGGAGCCCCAGUUGAGUGUCACGGUGGCGGUGUUGACGCUCGUCAUCUCGACCGUUUUUGUUGCUCUCUGCGCUGAGUUCAUGGUGGAUUCCAUUGAUGCCCUCACGACUCAAGGACAUAUCUCGGAGACAUUUGUCGGAUUGAUCCUUUUGCCUAUUGUGGGUAAUGCAGCCGAGCAUGCCACGGCCGUGACUGUGGCAUGCAAGGACAAGAUGGAUCUGGCGAUUGGUGUUGCCGUUGGAUCUAGCAUGCAGAUUGCGUUGUUGGUGCUGCCGUUGAUCAUUGUGAUUGGAUGGGGCAUGGGCAACGACGACAUGACGCUGUACUUUGAUGCUUUCCAGGUGAUCCUUCUGUUUGUGGCCGUUCUCCUGGUCAACUAUCUGAUCGCCGACGGGAAGUCCCAUUGGCUGGAGGGGGUGUUGCUGAUGAUGAUGUACCUCAUCAUUGCUGUGGCUGCUUGGUUCUAUCCGGCCAAGAGCGAUGCCGCAUAA